AUGGCUGCUCUCAACUAUAAAACUGACGACAGCAGCGGCAUGGUACUGUUGUCGGGAAACUCUCACCCCGAGCUCUCACGUCUUGUCUCGGAUCGUCUCGGUAUUCGACUAGGCGAAGUGAUCGUCUACAAUAAGACAAAUCGAGAAACCUCGGUGGAUAUUAAACAGUCAGUACGUGGAAAACAUGUUUUUAUACUGCAAAGUGGAUCGAAGAAUGUAAAUAAUGACGUCAUGGAGUUGCUGAUCCUUAUCUACGCAUGCAAGACGUCAAUGUCGAAGACGAUCACUGUAGUGAUGCCGUACCUGCCGUAUUCGAAGCAGUGUCGAAUGCUUCGUCGGUCGUCGAUUCCGAUGAGACUCAUUGCUGAAAUGAUCUGUCGUGCCGGUGCAUCGCGUUUGGUGUCGUUGGAUCUCUACAAGAAAGAAAUACAAGGAUUUUUCUCCAUUCCUGUAGAUAAUCUUCGUGCAUCACCGUUCCUUCUUCAGUACAUUAAGGAAUAUAUCCCUGAUUAUAAAAACGCGAUAAUUGUUGCAAAGUCUCCAGGUGUGAUGAACAAGGCCACUUCAUAUGCAGAUCGACUUCGACUCGGUGUUGCGGUGAUUCACGGCGAACAGAAGGAUUCCGAAGAGUCCGGUCUGGAAGACGGACGACAAAGCCCUCCACCUAAUUAUGCGCCAUUCGAAUUAUUUCCCUCUCAAGAACCUAAGCAGAAGCCUCCGUUAACCGUAGUUGGAGAUGUUGGUGGACGAAUUGCCAUAAUGGUGGAUGACAUUAUCGAUGAUGCGCAGUCAUUUGUAGCCGCUGCUGAGGUGCUGAAAACUCGUGGUGCUUACAAGAUUUACGUCAUAGCCACUCACGGUGUGUUGAGUUCUGAUGCUCCGGCACUUCUCGAGGCGUCGCCAAUUACUAAGGUUAUCGUCACAAACACUGUUCCUCAUGAAGUCCAGAAAAUGCGCUGUCACAAGAUUAAGACGGUCGACAUUUCGUUGAUGUUGUGUGAGGCAGUUCGUCGUAUCUACCAUAAUGAAUCUAUGGGUCAACUCUUUCGAGACAUUACACUGGAUGACUAG